AUUACUUCCUAAUUUUCAUUUCUCUUGCUUAGAAAUUUGUAGUUGUUAUUUUAUUACAUUUUUCACCAUAAAAAAUAUAAAAAGUUCGACAAAUUGUCGUUAAUUAAAUAUCUACAGGAUAUAUAUGCAGAAUCGUAGGUACAUACGUACUUUACUUUAAAGAUUUUGAGCCUCCUGAGAAAAAUUACUUUUUUGAAUAUAAAGAAAGAGGAAAAUAUGAGGAAGAAAAAAUAUAAAAAUGCCAUAGAAAUUCUGAUAUUGAAAAUUUUCGAAAAUCGCAUAAUUCGCCAAGAAUAAAGAAAAAUUUUUUUUUCCUCGGGCCCGAAAUGCACUUGUUACUUGCUUAGUACCGGACAUGCGCGUUAGAUCCUAUUACAUUCUGCGAUGGUUCAAUUUGGCGGUCUCGGUCAGAUUGUUUCGUCGUUUUUCGUUUAUCUCGCUUUAUUCCCAUUCGUUUAUUCGUUUAGCGUUCUCCGAAAAGUUACGUUCGAGAGAAGAAAUAUAUACACGUCGAACGAAACGAAGAUCCAGCUGUAUCAAAGGACGUAAUUUGUGCAUUUUGGGGAUGUAUUGACGUAUAUCAAGUUCGUACGAGUUUAUAUCCUCCAUAUGUAUUUACGAGGAUCUACCGGUCUCGUUUUUAAGUAGACGAUCUAGUGCGUAGUGUGAUUAUUACUAAAAUUGUCAAAAGAUGGAUGAAACUAACACUCGUUGGUGUGCUGCACCAGGUUGUAUGCUAAAUAUAAAAAUAGCAAAACGACAUUUCUUCCGAUUUCCUAAAGAGAGAAAAAGAUGGAUAGAAUGGCUUAAAGCAUGCAAUAGAAUGGACUUAAUAACAAUAGGACCAGAAUAUGCUAAUCAAUAUUAUCGCUUAUGCCACUUACAUUUUCGAGUAGAAAUGUUUCGAAACAUAGAGGGAAGAAUCUAUCUUAGUAAAGAAGCUGUGCCAUCAAUAUUUCUGAAACCAAUACAGACGGGAAAUAAUAAUUCUACAGACUUGUUACAACCAAUUUCGUUUGUAACUAUAUUUUUGAAGCCAGAAAGCAGAAACAGAGACACAAAUAUAAUUUCACCACUGCAAGUACUUUUUCCAAGAGCAUCUAUAAAGCAUGUGUAUGAUGAUAAAAAUAUAUCAUCAGUUGAGACGACAAUAUUGAAAGAGAAGUUGGAGAACAAUGAAAAUAUCCCUAAGGCGGAUAUACAAUUCGUCAAUGAAAGAUGCACGGACUGGUCAACACCGACAUCUUCACGUAUAUCCUCAGAAAAAUAUAACGGAGAUAUCAUAGAUUUAACGUCUGUAGAUUCUUCAGUGCCUACGAUAUCAAAACCAGUAUCAAUUAGUACGCCACAACAAAAUGGUGACAGAACUCCAAAGAGAAGACGUUGGCACAUUUCAACGCAGACGCCGCAAGCGUGGCUACACAUCGAUUCCUCUUUGGAAAAAAAACGAAUGAAAAAUCUCGAAACUCCCAUCGAUGAUAAGAUCACGAAGCGACCGAAAUUACUCUACGCGGAAGAUGAAGAUCAUUGCGUGAAGGUGGACGAGUUUAAAGCAGCAUGCGCGGACUUGUUGCCGCGUAACUACUCCCUAUUGGUGUCUACGUUCGUUGACGCUCGCGAGAAGCGCAAAGCUAAAAGUUCUGCGAAUAAGCAGUCUGCGCUCGAGUUUUUCUUUAUAGCUUCGGGCGCCUAUCGAUUUUAUCAGCCGUUAUGCCUGUUGCCCACUGUGCGUCAAUUGUGGAGAUAUAUCCGUAAUUGGGAUAUACCACCCGGGUUGAACGAUAACGUCCUGAACGCGUUGCAUCUGAAGAUGAAGUCGCUACCACUUACAGAGAGGCUUUGCUGCCUAUCUGUAAGUGAAAUGCGACUGAGACCGCAUCUCUUUUACAAUCUAUCACGCGAUAGAAUCAUUGGCUUUCAUGAUACCGGCGUGGAAAAACGUCGCACACUAGCGAGAAAAGCCCUGAUAAUAAUAGCCCGUAGCUUGGCCGGCGACUGGGAACAACCUGUCGCUUACUAUUUCUAUGGCAGUACAUGUCACGUUAAUAUCAUGAAAGAUCUGAUAUUUCAGGCGAUAAUUAAAUUAAAUAGUAUCGGUGCGACUGUGCACGCCUUGGUCACAGGCAUAACGCCGACAUUUGUACAAUUGUCGCGACAAUUAGGGGUCUCCGUGGAUCAUUCGUUCUUUCUGGUGAACGACGAGAAAAUAUUUUACGUCUUCGAUGUUCCUCGUUUGAUAAGAGCGACCAGGAACAUCUUCAUGAAUCAUGAGCUCCACUUCCGCGAUAAGAGAGCUUCAUGGAAAGAUAUUGAACUGUUAUUUAGGCGCGAUAGUCAAAUGCGGUUACCACUGGUUCCUAAACUGUCCGUGGCUCAUCUCGAACCUAACAAAUAUCAAAAGACCGAAACCAAGUACGCCGUUCAAAUAUUUAGUAGUAGCAUGGCUGCGGGUUUGAGCGCGCAUAUCGCGUCCGGCGAGUUUCCGCUGAAAGUUAUUGGAACGAUGGAACUUGUAUACCUUUUCGAUCAGCUAUUCGACAUUCUAAACUCAUCUACAUCAAUUAAGACUAACACUAAAGAUUUUAGCCAAGCUUUCACGGGUAGCACGGACGAAAUGUGCUUCUUGCAGCGAACGCUCGACUUCCUCAAGUCGAUCAGAGUGAUCGAUGCAAGUGGUACGUGUGUAAAAUCGAUAAAGUCCUUCUAUCGCUGGCAGAUCACAAUCAAUGCGGUUAUUCAAUUAUGGAACACAUUGAAGGAACGCCAGAUCCCCUUCUUUCGCAUGAGCAGAGUAAAUCAGGAGGGCAUCGAGUGCGUCUUCCGUUCUAUUAGACGACAAAGCGGAAAUCGCGUCAAACCCACACCUAUCUUGUUUACCCGCGCGUUCAAGAAUCUUGUAAGCAAGCACUUUCUCGAGCAUUCGAGCGAGGACAAUUCCGUCGCGAACAUGCGAAGGAUGCUCAAAAGGAUAGCGUCGUCGACAUCCCUUCAGGCUGAGCAAGUGCAACCCGUUGGUUCGACUCAAAUAGCCUUGAACGUUGCGGCGACCAAUUAUCGUGACAUCGAUUUGCGAUUACCCGAGAAAAGCGCCUUUAAACGUGUCUGUGAAUUUUUGCUCAACGAAUGUUUGCGUACCCACGUUAAUUGCAACACGUGUGUCACUUAUGCCGUUAAGGAAAACUCCAAUGUUCCUUCCAACGUGCCGAGUUCCUUCAGCUUUUACGUUUCCGGUCUGGAAGACACGUUUAUGCGCAAUUUCGAGAAAUUCUCUAUCGAGGACAACCUCGGCGCGCAGAUGCUGCAGUUUGCGCAGCAAGUCGAGUAUAGACCUCCCUGUCCGGACUUUCCGCGCGAUUUGCUGAUCAAAUUGUUCCUGCGUAUGCGAAUAUAUUUUACACUGUCGCGACAUAAUAAGAUCUGCAAAGGUGUGAAAUCACGCAACUCUUUAAAUGUGAUACAAUUAUAAGUUCGUUUUUUUAAGUUUUAUUUAACUGUUUUCGUUUGUUUUUACAUUUGUAUUACAUGCGUGCACGUU